AUGAGCCAUCGCGUUCCUGAAUCAGGCGAUAACGACAGCCCUGGUCUGGAGUUUGCACAAGAAGAGCGUCAUUUUCUUCUAAACCAGAUUUCUGAUAUCCUAUUCCAUUCCACAGGUUGCAAUAGUGUGCAAAGUUCCACAUGGGUGUUGCUCUUGCUCAGUGACGUCGAAAACCUGCGGAAAAUGGUUGAUGACCACCAGAACGACUCCGAUGGUCUGCAUGACCUGUUGACUGGACCGCACAAAGAUAACCUUGUCCGGAUGUGGAUGUCACGAGUUGGGGAUCAGUUCACAAUCUCAGCACCUCCUUCUGGUGCAGUGUCUCCAAGCAAAGCCAGAGAGUCGAAAAAAGGAAGCGUGGCAGCACUUCACACUCCUCUCCAGCUUUCUUCUGCACCUUCCACCCCUGCAUCUGCCAAGAGAGACAGUAAAAUUCGUCACCAGGCAAUCGUCAGAGAUGCGGGUUGCAUUAUCACUAGGUCGCAAUCUCCGCAUGUACUUAAGGGCGCGCAUGUUUUCCCAGUAUCAAUGGCGAAACACAUCGGCCGGUGGGAGCUUUGGAGUACCCUCAAAAUUUUCUGGAGCAAAGACAAGGUCAAUUCUUGGUACAAUGUGUUGAAUACUAGCCCAGACCCCGGCAUCACGCCUAGUUUAUUCAUCCCAGUGCGGCUUUCCACCGCGUUGAGAUAA